GAGUACGAGGCGGAGCUUGAGGAAAUAGUCGAAUUCUGCCCUCUUCAGUGCAGUGAGGCUAGUCAAGCUUCAAUAAUUGAACAGAUUCCGCACAGCGAUGGUUGUGUAGUGGGAAGUACCGUGAGUGUGAUCCAGCGACGGAACGACUGGUUCCUUUGGAGAGGUGAAGAUUGCCAGCCAGAGCCGACUGUCUUCAAAAUUGGAUGCACUUUUCCGAAAAAAUUCCCGAAAAAGGAAGAAAAACUACCAAUGGCGAAAUUGCCGAAAUCUCGGGAACGUAAAAUCGAGCAGGAGGGUGAACUGAAACUAGUACCCGCAACGGAUAUGAGGGUAGAAAACUCCGUCGAAGCAGAGAAAACCGAAACGAUAACGGUAGCAAAACCACAAGAUGUGAAAAAUGAUGAUGAUAAUUUACCGAACGAGGUGGAUUUAUUGCUGAAAGCUAUGUUUCCCGGAUACAGAAACUGA